AUGUUUACACGUUUGCAAAUGAUAAAUCCUGGAUGUGAUACUAUCUUUAAUGAUUAAGAAACUAAUGAGAAUCUGAAUUUUUUAACUCAACCAAUUAAGAAAAUAUUCUUGAGUAAUGAAUUGACAAUACCUUAAAUUGUUAUUAAGAGUAAUAUCUAGUAAGAACUUAUUUGCUUAUUCAUAGAACUCCAUAAACUAAAUAAAUCUCACUAAAUAAUUCAGAAUAGAAAUCAUCUUAGAAUUUUCAAUCAUAAUUAACAAUUCAAAAUGUCACUUAAUUAUAAAUAAACUAAUGUAAAUCUAUCAAUAUCAAUUAACAAUAAGGGUAUGUAUUAUUAUUCUAUACAUUUAUAACAUCAUACACAAUAUUAUAAUUUAAAUUUAAAUAUCAUAUAUUAAAACCUAAUUUAUUUUAUUAUUUUAUAAUAGGAAUCAAGAACAUAAACCUUGUAAUUGUAAGAAAAGUAAAUGUUUGAAAUUAUAUUGUGAUUGUUUUGCUAUUGGAAAAUUAUGUUCUUCAAAAUGCAAUUGUUGUGGAUGCUUUAAUAAUACUUCUAAUUUACUUGAAAGAAAUUCCUUUAUUCAAAAGAUGAUUGAAAGAAAUCCAUAAGUAUUCAAUUAAAAAGUAUAAGAAGUCGAAUCUAAAAUGACACAUACAAAGGUAAAUCUAUAUUAAAAUAGAAUUUAGGGAUGUAAUUGUAGAAAAAGUGGAUGCCAAAAAAAAUAUUGUGAAUGUUAUUAAAUGGGAAUAGAAUGCUCUGAUAAUUGCAAAUGUGAUGGAUGUCUAAAUUGUAGUUCAAAUACAUUCACAAAAUAAUAAGAUACAUCUUAAUACUCAUUAAAUCGUAAACUUAAUUUUUGA